UCAUGUUUGUAGUUGUUGUGACAUGUCUGAAGCAGAGGAGGUGUUGGUGGUGAACUUCCAGUUCUUCUCUUUCCUUGCUCUUCUAUUCCUCCUCUCCCUUCUCUUAUCCCCAGCAUCAGGAGAUGAGAAGGCAAAUCUCCUUCAACUCAAGCACUUUCUGCAAGAGAACAACAAGUAUAGUCAUGGACGUUAUUCACAAUGGAAUUCUUCUAACUCUUCAGAGAAUUCCCCAUGUCAAUGGUUUGGUAUCACUUGCAACGACGAGCAACAUGUCACUGGCAUCGAUCUAUCUUCAUCCAAUAUCUCCGGAGGACUAUUCGAUGGCUUUCACCUUUUUCCGGAGCUCACACACCUCAACCUCUCUCAUAACACCAUUGGAGGACCUAUCCCUCCGGAGAUCAACAAAUGUAGAGCUCUCACUUACCUGAAUCUCUCCCAUAACAUCAUCUCCGGCGAGCUGAACCUUACCGGCCUCACAAACCUUCACACUCUUGACAUCACCCUUAAUCGCCUCGAAGGCAGCAUUGCUUCGAACUUCCCCGCCUUAUGCCAGAGCCUAGUGAUUCUUAACAUAUCUUCCAACAACUUCACCGGUGACAUCCACGGCAGCUUUGAUGAAUGCAAAAAGCUCCAAUACCUCGAUGUGAGCUCCAACCACUUCACCGGAGAUAUCUGGAGAGGCUUUGCUUAUCUCAGAGAGUUCUGUGUUUCUGAGAACAAUCUCACAGGGGAGAUCAGUGUAGAGACAUUUGGAGCUGAUUGCAACCUUGAAGUGCUCGACCUCUCAGUCAACAAUCUCCAUGGAGAGUUUCCAGAAUCCAUAUCCAAUUGCUCAAGUCUCAAAUCACUGAACCUAAGAGCUAAUGGCUUCACCGGAGUGAUUCCAUCCAGAAUCGGAGAGCUUUCAGAGCUUCAAUCUCUGUAUCUUGGAAGCAAUAGAUUUGACAGGGAUCUUCCUGAGCAGCUCCUCCAGUGCUCCAAUUUGAUCUUCCUAGAUCUCAGCAACAACAGUUUUGGAGGAGAUGUUCAAGAUUUAUUUGGGAAAUUGAAGAGCGUGAGGUUCUUAUUGUUGCAUGGGAAUUCAUACCUGGGAGGGAUUGAGAAGUCUGGUGUUCUUCAGCUUGGGAACAUCGAAAGAUUGGAUCUUAGCUAUAACAAUUUUUCCGGUGAAUUGCCGGCGAAACUAGAUGAGAUGAAGCAGCUGAAGUUUUUGGUAUUCGCCUGGAAUAAUUUCUCCGGAAGGAUCCCGCCGGAGUAUGGGAACAUCACAGGGUUGCAAGCUUUGGAUCUAUCGUAUAAUAAACUCACCGGUCCGAUUCCGCCGGAGAUUGGGAGGUUAGAGUCGCUGUUGUGGCUGAUGCUCGCCGGGAAUAGGAUUUCCGGAGAGAUACCGCCGGAGAUAGGGAACUGCAAGAGCCUCUUGUGGUUGAACCUCGCGGACAAUGAGAUUUCCGGGAGGAUCCCGCCUGAGAUCUCGAAGAUCGGGAGGGACCCUAGCGCGACGUUCGAAGCAAAUCGGAGGAACGAUGGAGUCACUGCCGGAUCCGGCGAGUGCUUAGCAAUGAAAAGAUGGAUUCCGGCGACCUACCAGCCAUUCAGCUUCGUCUACGAGCUGAUGACGGCGAAGACGUGCCGAUUUAUUUGGGAUCGGAUUAUCAAAGGGUUCGGACUCUUCCCCGUUUGCAUCAACUCCUCGUCGCCAGUCCAAACCCUAGAAAUCUCCGGCUAUAUCCAACUCUCCCGUAACAAUUUAUCCGGCGAGAUCCCGGCCGAGAUCGGCGAGAUAACCAACAUAAGCUUACUCCACCUCGACGGCAACAACCUCACCGGCCAUCUCCCAUCGGAGAUCAGCCGACUCCCACUCUUCAUCCUCAACGUCUCCACAAACCGUCUUUCCGGCCAGAUCCCGCCGGAGAUCGGCUCAAUGCAGUGCCUCCAAAUGCUAGAUCUCGCCGUAAACAACUUCUCCGGCAAAUUCCCAUCAACCCUAGUCCAUCUCACACAGCUAAGCUCCUUCAACGUCUCCUUCAACCCACUCCUCUCCGGUUCAAUCCCGCAAGAGGGCCAGUUCCCAACCUUCGGCAACGCAUCCUUCCUCGGCGACCCCUUGCUCGUCUUCCCCUCACUGAGAGCACCACCACCACCAACGCCAGUCGCCGGCCGGCGGGUCACCGGCCGGGCGGUGGCCUUCUGGGUGUUCCUCGCCCUCACGGCGGUCUUCAUCCUCUCCGGGACAAUCACUGUUAUAUACUGCCUCGGGUCAGAACUCCCCAUCAAAACGGAUCCAGAUCCCGAGGGAGCAUUCCUCUCCGGCUCCAAACGGCGCAGUGACGCCGACGUCUCCGACUCACUAACCCCAUCCACGUCAGCAAACGACGUCAAGAUUUUCCGUUUAGACAAAACGGCGUUCAGUUACGCCGACAUCGUAGCGGCAACCGGCAACUUCUCCGACAAAUAUGUUAUCGGCACCGGCGGAUCCGGUACAGUUUACAAAGGAGUAUUACCAGACGGAAGACACGUGGCGGUCAAGAAGCUGAACCGAAUUGGAGAAGAAGGCGAGAGGGAGUUCCGGGCCGAGAUGGAGGUUUUAGCCGGUUCAGUCGGACCCUGGUUCAAGUUGGGUUCAGGUUGGUUGCACCCAAAUCUAGUCACAUUGUACGGAUGGUGCCUUAAAGGGUUGGACCGUAUACUUAUAUACGAAUACAUGGACGGAGGGAGCUUGGAGGAUAUGAUACCGGAAUGGGGCAAGUUCGGAUGGGAGAGAAGGGUUCAGGUGGCGGUCGAGGUGGCGCGAGCACUGGUGUUUUUGCACCAUGAGUGUGUGCCGGCCGUAGUUCACCGAGAUGUGAAGGCAAGUAAUGUUCUGCUUGAUAAACACGGUCGUGCGAGAGUCGCGGAUUUUGGAUUGGCUCGAGUCAUGAGUCCUGGACAUAGUCAUGUUAGUACAAUGGUGGCUGGAACAGUCGGGUAUGUCGCACCUGAGUAUGGACAGACUUGGCAGGCUACUACUAAAGGCGAUGUGUAUAGUUUCGGUGUUUUGGUUAUGGAAUUGGCAAUGGGAAGGAGGGCUGUGGAUGAAAGAGAUGAGUGUUUGAUUGAAUGGGUCCGGAGAUUUAGUAAAGAAGGUUGGUGGGGGCUUAGAGCAGCUGUUGUACCUAUUUUGCGAGAAGCGAUGGUUAUGAAGAUAGAUGAGGAUGUGGAAGGGUUGGCAGAGAUGUGUGCAUUACUAAGAGUGGGUGUGCGGUGUGUGGCCGAGAGCCCACUUGCUCGGCCGACUAUGAGUGAAGUAUUGGUUAUGCUUAACAAUAUCUCUAUUGGGAUUGAUACACGUAUUGACUUUUGUAGUUUUAGUUCGGGUCUGGGUCUGGUUCAGGCUCAGGUUUUGAUCAAGAGUUUUCGUCUCCCAGAUGAAUGAUUGAUUGAUUGAUUUAAGAAUGUGCAGAAUAGGUUCUUAGUGAUAAAAUGAUUUUUUUAAUAUGAACAAUUGUAUUAUUGUUUAUAAUAAAAGUGUAACAUUGGUUAAUUAAUGGAUGAAAAGUUU